AUGGCUGCAACCUCCGCGCCAUCAACGCAAUGCAAAUGCGGAUACACUAAAAAUCAGAGCGAAUUGACGCUGCAAAAUUACCACCAACAGUGCAGAGUGACAGAAAUGAUUCUGCAUCACAACCUAAUUCCACUGGAGGCCCAGGAUCCGAACCUCUCGCUGGCCGGCUACGACACGUAUACGCGACCGACCAUCCCGCAUCGCCAACGAACGCCGAACGGUCCGGGCGGCAAAGCGCCGCCGCACAGCGUCAAUUGCAGGGGCAACGCGGCGGUCCUAGUGGCUGCCCGCAUCCCGCACGACGAGCUCGACCUCCCGCGCUUGUGCACGCAACAUGAAGAGGUCGUGGGCGUGGCUCUCCAACUCCCCCAAUGUAAGGUCGCGGUGGUGUCGAUAUACGUCCGACCGUCGACCCGCAACAGCCUCACCAUCGACUGGUCCUGGGUCGAAAAUCUGCGGAAAAUGCACUCCGAUGCCCUUGUCGUCAUCGGCGGCGACUUCAACACACGCCACACGUGCUGGGUAUCGAGGACCGACACACACCGCGGUUCGAACCUCGUUUGCGCAAUGGUGUACAAUCACCUUAGCCUGCUCAACGAUCCGGACUUACCAACUCGAGUUGGCCAGUACGCCCGCCAGGGCGACACGACGACCGACCUCACAUGGACGAACCGGCGGUGGGCCCUCUUCUGGGAACUAGGAGCAGACACGUGGGGGAGCGACCACCUGCCCAUCUUCAUUCGUUUGCGCGGCCACAAGAUAACGGCGCCGAAACGAACUACGAGCGUCGUCUGCUGGGACGCCUUCCACGCAGAGCUGGAGCAAACACCCGUCACCAGAUCAGGCGGUGACCCGGAAACGCACGGACUGGCCCACCUCCUACGCACAAUACACGAAGCCAAAAGGUCAUCUACCCAGCAAUUUCAAGUGGCGGAGGACAAGCCGUCGCCAGACUUGCACCCGGCUAACCUAUGGCAACAACGCCUCGACGCGCUGUGUGCGUACAGAGAGAGAGGUCGAACGCCCGGACUGCGAUGUCGUCUGAGCCUUACAACGGCUGAGGCGCGCGAUUACGCAAAUACACUCUCUACAGACAGAUGGUGCGACCUUUGCUCCAGCUUCAACGGUAACAUUAGCGGACCGCGCAAGUAA